AUGCCGGUGCCUGUGAGCUGCGAUUACAUCAUUGUGACUAUUGAGGAUAGUGAUGUCGAUACCACUGACGAUGAGGAUGAGGAUAUUAUAAUAGUAGAAGAAUCUGAAGAAGAUUCUGUUUCUGAAGUUGAUGACUUUAUGGCUGUACAACCAGCUUCUCAAGAAUUUGAAAGAUAUGAAGUGAUAGGCAACCAGCUAGUUCCAAUAAGGGACACAACAUUUAAAGCAAGAACUUACACCAUUUUGGAGGAAGGGGCAUAUAUCCCAUUGCAGAAGAGACGGCGACUCUCUAAUUCAGGGGAGAAUACUCAGCAUUUGGGAGAAAUGAUUGAAAACACGAACAGACAGGUUUAUCAACUUUGUGGACUUGUCUCAAAUAUGCAGCGCAUUCUGGAGACCCCAUUGCAGAGCAAUGAAAAUGGUUACUUCUUGAUACCAGUGGACAUACGGAACAGAAGUGACAGUGGAAGCACUGUGAGAGCAUCUAUUCUGCUAGAUAGACUGAUCCUCAUGGAAAACUCAGAAAUACCCCGAAUAAUCUCCACACGCUCACUGGCACAGCAGUUAGGAUCAGAUGCAUCAGAAGUCACCCCUAGGACUAUGAAUUGCGGUACUUUGCUGGUAAAUCGCAGUGAACAACCUUCAUCAUCUGGUGGUGUCCCAUCCAAUUGUGUUGAAAAAUUCAUACUGGUUGAAAUGCCAGAAAUAUCAGAAAGCACACUGGAAGAAAGACUUAAGACAAUUAAUUCCUCAACAUUAGUGGGAAAUGAUGGUGGCGAAUCCUCAUCUGGUGGGAUCCCACCCAAUUUUGAUGCUGAAAAAUUAAUACUUAUUGAAGUGCCAGGAAACAGAGAAAGCGGCCUGGAAAACAAUUCUGAGAAAACGUAUUAUCCAGCUUUAUUGGGAAAUAUCAAUAACCCUCGUGCUGACACUUCAUCUAUCUCCAUUCCACCCAAUUGUGCAUUAGAAAAAGUUAUACUUGUAGAUGAGCAGACAAAUGUAGAAUCCAGUGUGCAAGAGAGUUCCCAGCCUCCGAGUCAGCCAACUGCUUCGAGUACCCCACAGCCUACCUGCUAUAUCUCGGUCAUGCCCAAUUUGGAGGUGGUGGUCAAAACAGAAAACGGCGUACAGAAGAACACUCAGGUGGUGAAUUGCCCAUUUUUCUUGGAAAAUAGGAGUGGUCAAGAUAUUUCGUGCUUUUUCUUGCCUGCCAAUUUUGAGUUGAAACCAGAAACAAGUCAGUCAACUUUAAGGAAAACUAAUGUUGCUGGUGCUGCAGAGGCUAAUUCAGAGUCUUUGGUCUCCACUGAAAGUGCUGAAAUAAUAAAAAUAGAAGACGAUGAAAACCUCCCUGGGACAUCAAAACAGCCAACUACACCAGGAGAUGACAAUGAUCAAGGUUCUGCCGUAACAUCUUACAUUACUACAUCCUUUUUGGCUUAUCUUGGUGAUCCAAAAAGAAAUGUCAGGAUACUUAGUCACCAUUUGGCAAUUGCACAACAGAAGAGCAGUCCUGAGCAUGCAAUCUGCUACCUGGUUGGCAUUGUGUUCUCAAAGGAAAUCAUGGCUUACAGUUCAUCAGAAACCAAAUAUAACCAACCCCUGGAUUCAAACAAAGUGGCUGCAAUCAGAGAAUAUGUGGCAACUGUUUUUCCUAACUAUGACUUGUGUGAAGGUGGAGAACACUGGAAAAACUGCUUUUCUGAUAUUAGAUCUCUGAUGACCUGUAUUUGUUCUGAAGCCAAAGCAUUAACUGAUCCUGCUGACAACAGUCAAGACCUUACUACACUCCUGUCUGCAGCAAUGAGCGAAAGAGAUGAUCCUGGUGAAAGCAGUUCCCAGAUGUUUCAGCCAGCACCUGCCUCACAAAGAAAGAGAAAAAUUCCUCAGUACACAGCUGUUGUUAUUGGAGAAACGAGUGGAAAUUCCAAUGGUAGUACAGUGACAUUGUCUGAAGUGUUCGGUUAUUUUGGAAAUCCAUGUAGAAACAUACUGAUGUCGAUUGAAGUUAUGACUGUAGCAAAGAACAAGCCUCGUCCAGAGCUGUCAGCCAGAUACCUUAUUCGCAGGCUGUUCUCAGAGGAGGUCCUGAUAAGAAGCAAUGUCUACGGCCAUGUGACUCUUGGCAUAAAUCCCCUUAAUGCCAAUAAGAUUGGUGCUCUUCGAGAGUUUCUCCAGGAGGCCUUCCCAUAUCGUGACCUAUCAGAAAGUGGAAGUGACUGGAAGUCAUGUGUGACCGCUAUCAAUAGCUGUAUUCGUAGUCUCAGACAUGACUGCAGGAAGGGCAAAAUCAAGUUGACUACGGAAACGAUGCCAAUAGAAGAGGCCAGAGAUUCUGACUCGAGUGAUGAAAGCUCUUAAAUGUCAAUCAUUCAGAUUUUCCUUUAAACUCUAACAUCAUUCUUAAGAUUUCUAAGUUGUUAUUUUAAAAUUAUCUGGUUGUAAUAGUGAUACAGUUCUGUAUUUACACUUGGAGAAUUAGUCACUUUUCUGCCAACAGUAAGGCAGAAUUGCAUUAGGAAGACAUGUUAUGCUUUAUCUCUUGAGCAAAAUUAUAGACACUGUUCUGAUGAGCACUUACUUUUAAAGGAGUUUUUAGGGCUUUAGUACCCAUAAGUUUUCAUACCUCUUUUUAAUGUUGGAUGAAAAUAAUAUGUUUAUCUCUCAGUGCCAGAUGAAAUCUGAGCAUCAGUGAAGCAUAUAUGUGUAAUUGGAUAGUCAAGCCAUAAUCUUUUGUGAACUUUGAUUAUUUGUCAAGUGAAU